GUCACCCUGCUCUAUGCAGACCAACUGGCCCCAGCCAGAACAUCGACGCGCGUUUGUUUUGCUGCUAAUCCGUUGCAUAGGGGGACAUGUGAAUACAGCGCAGCACUGUGUGUCUGUAUGUGUGUAGGUGUGUGUGCGUUGCUACACACACACACUCCCGUCGCACAGAAGGGCAGAGAGCAGUUGCAGUUUUCUCUCUCCACAUUGACGAGCCCACAGGGGUUGUCGACGCGCAAGACGUGGAUAACUUUUAUUCUUCCGUAUCUUUCUUUCAACCCCACCGAUGUCCGUUCACCCUGCACUUGAUCCGAGAGCCCGAGCAUGACUUCUGUUUGGAAACGGCUCCAGCGAGUGGGCAAGAAAGCCUCCAAGUUUCAGUACGCGGCGACUUACCAAGAACUACUAGUAGAAUGCACGCACAAAUGGCAGCCCGACAAAUUGCGAGUGGUGUGGAUCCGGAGAAACCGACGCCACAGCACAAAGCUCCACAGUUGGCAGCCUGGGAUCCAGAACCCUUACAGGGGCACGGUGGUGUGGCAGGUCCCAGAGAGCGUGGACAUCCCCAUCACCCUCUUCAAGGAUCCCACCGCGGAAGAGUUUGAAGACAAGGACUGGACGGUGAUCGUUGAAGAUGAGACAAAGGGCCGUAGGAAGGUUCUGGCAUCGGCAGACGUGAACAUGAAGAAAUACGCGAGCGCAACGCAAGCCAAGUACGACAUGGUCCUGAAACUGAAGCCCAUGUCGGUGAAGGUCGUGGAGGCCACUCUGAAGCUCACCCUGUCUUGUAUUUUCCUCAAGGAGGGCAAGGCCACAGACGAAGACAUGCAGAGCUUGGCCAGCCUGCUGAGCUUGAAGCAGAGCGACAUCGGAAACCUGGACGACUUCAGCGACGAGGAGGCCGGCGACGACCGAAGAGCCACCUUCGGAUGCGGAUUGGCUCACCCCGUGACUGACCUGCUUCCCCCAGACAAGACCCACCCAGGGGGGCCUGGAUACGCCCCAUCAUGGAGGUCCACCGACGCUCCCGCAGCAGAGACCCCUGAAACUCUGGCCCCGGGCCCCCAAAGUCAGCCUCCCGCUGCCCAAAACGCCCCCCAGCUUCCUCUUCCAGCACCAGCCUCCCUAGUUUCCCCAAAUAACCAGGAUCCAGAAUACAGGAGGCAACUAUGCACACUGCUGGAAGAGGACAACGCGUCUUCGGUGCCUACAGGGGUGAACCGUGUCUCCAGCCAGAAGCUAGACCCGUCCAGGACCCAGGAGAGGAAACGAGGAGCCCCCUUAGGAGUGGAGCCGGUCAGGAGGUCAGCGGGACCCGAGAGCUUGCUCUUUCUGCUGCCCUCUAACCCAUGCUCCGCCUCCGGGCUCCAGUAUGUUGAGAUGCCUAAAGCCGAGCGGGUCCAAACUGAACCGAACCCGGCGACGGAGGCUGGCCUGAAAGCCCAAGAGCCCGGCCCUUCCCUUACGGCUCCGCUCACGCCAGGGCCGGCCGGUCCUGAGCCCUCACCCGUUCCAUCGGUCGGGGAGUCCUCAGACAGGAAUAAGAGUCACAUGACCAAGAUGACCAUUCAGUUAGGGAGCCUGAAUGCCAAAUCCAAACCGGUUAAGCCCAAAUCGGCCGCCAACACCAAGCCACUUGGCUUACCGGUCCAAACCACGUUGCCGCCGAUAGGUCAACCUUUUGAAACCGUCCCAAAGCAGAAGCAAAGGAUAGCAGUAGAGCAGAUGCCAGAUGUUCUUGUGGAUCCCAUGGGAGAUUACACUGUAACUAUGGAUUUAGGAGAGAAGAGAACAGCUGCCUCAUUACUGUCUUUCCCAAAAGAGCUCAGCUCUGAUUCCACUUCAACAGCAAUGAGCAAAACACUAGAAGCAAGUAAAUACAAUGUGGUGACGGAAACAUUGUCAAAUGAUCCUCAAACACAGUGCCCGGAAAUCCCAGCCGCUGCUCAAAAAGGAAAACCGCGAACAAAGAAAAAGAACAAGAACGCAAAAGAUAUCGCGGCCAUUGCUGCCCCAGCCACUCUGAAGAAAGCUUCUGAUGUUGGAGCACCGACACACGAAGAAGAAGCUGAUGCUCACCUGGCAACCUGCAGCACAAGAAUCGUAAACAUGCCUGUUCUGACCCAAAAGUAUUUUAAAGAGGGAACAGAAAGAAUCCAUUUGUUUAUGGACACAAAGCCACAUGAUGUCAGGCUAAACGUGCGGGGCAAGCAGGCCACCCCGAAUAUUGUUUUGGAAAACAAGUGCGGCGAUACAUUUACUGAAGUAAUGCCGUCUUCUGCUCCAAGGGAAGAUGCUUCACUAGGGUUCUCGGUGUCCUCAAAGCAAAAGCAUGACAGAGUGAGAGAGCCCUGUGUUGUAGAUCUAUUGCCAUCAUGCCCACAGCGCUCUGUCAUUCCUGGGAUUUCAUCUUUAGAACGGCAUCUGGUUGUAGAUUGGCCAACCGAUGGGAUAUCACCACUGGAAAAGUUACCCAGCAAGAGAAUGGUGUCGUGUGCACAUUCAAAUUAUAAGCAUUUACUCUGUGAUGAUAAUAUGGUAAGCAUGAUAUCAUCCUGUCCCAAAUCACCCGGUAUUCCCGGAUUUCCAACUGUUCCGAAGCAUGAGCCAAAUAUGGUCAAUAUCCUUCCCUCAUGCCCCAGAGUUACAAGUGUUCCAGGUUUAGCCUCCACUCCGUUGGAAUCCUGCUAUAAGGAAAGCAUCAUGGAUAGAAGUGUUCUUUGGAGCAAAAAAGUACAGAUAAUGGAGCAGUUCACUGUCCACAUGUCUGGCAGGCCAGACACAUAUACAGAGAAUUUAAAGUACAUGGUACUCAUGGUACCAGCCUGUCCCAGGACGGCACUCAUCCCCGGGUUUCCCUCCUCACCAAGACAAGAGGCAAGCUUUGCAAAACUUCUGCCCACAUGUCCAAAAGUUGCCAGAGCUUUGGGAAUGCCCUCUCAAAUAUGUAUCGAAGGUGCAGAUAAUUACUGGCAUAAGGAUACACCCUUGCUUUGGUACGGAACAUUUAAGAACAGAGAAGGGCUUUUUUCGCAUUUUGAUCUCAAUCAUAAUGUGGCCAGUGUUCAUUCUAAGAUGGUUGCCAUUCGGCCUUCAUGUCCUGUGAAGUCCAGUCUCCCUGGUUUUCCCUUAGCCCCCAAAAGAAUAGCACCCAGUAUUGUCAGUAAUUUUUUUACAUGUCCGAUGGCAAGCAGGAUUGCAGGUGUUGGCACCAGGAAACCACUGAAUUCAGACAGCAGUACUACCUGGUUGGAUCUGAAAACCAAUGUAUUAUACAGGCCGUCGAGCAAUGAACGAUGUCAUGUUGUGGAUGAAAUAUCCAAAAUGAGUACAGAUUUUCUUAACAACGAAAAUAUGUUACCAUCUUGUCCAAGCAGAAAAACCAUCAAUGGUUUCCCCUUUGCCCCUAGGAAGGCACCCAGUAUGGUAAACCUUCUGCCUACUUGUCCAAAGGUGGUCAAAGUUUUAGGUUUAGCGUCUAUAACGUGUAUUAAGAGUGGAGAGAACGUUUGGGACUUUGGUAAUUCCUUGUGGCUUAAGCCAUUGGCUAAAGAAGAUACACUCAUGGGUCGUUGCCAAGAGAUUAUAUGCAGUAAUCACAGUACGAUGAAAGCCAUGGUAGAUAUGAUGCCCUCUUGUCCACAAAAGGCCAGAAUACACGGUUUUCCAUCCACACCAAGGCAAGAGAUCUCUAUUGUUAGCAUGUGGUCCACUUGCCCCAGAAAGUCAAGGGUCCCUGGUUUUCCUUCUAAAGAACCAUAUAGCUCAUAUGGUAAGGAUGUGGAAACUUGUAAACAGCUGGUAUUAGGGCAGCCCUUCAGGAAAUGUGAAUUGUUGAUCAAAGGUGACCUCAUAAGGCAUUUCCAUUGCCCUGAUAAGGGAAAAUGGUGUAGUUCCGUAACUAUGUUGCCAUCCUGUCCUUCGAAGUCUCUAAUCUCCGGUGUUCCCUCAGCACCCCGGAAAUCGACGCAUAGUAUGCUGAAUCUUGUAGAUACAUGCCCUCGACAGACCCAUGUUUGUGGCUUACCAUCAGGGAGUUGCAAUCAUUCUGAAAGCAAAGGCUGGUGUUCUCAAAAUAAACAGAUAAUAAAAAACAGACCAGCACAGAAACAAUGCACUGAAAUUCUAAGAUGUGAUCUAAGAGAUGCAAAAUCCACGGAAAGUAUGGCUGCGACAUUGCCUUCUUGUCCUGAGAUUACAAGUGUUCCUGGUUUUGCCUCUGUGUGGAGGCAGACAUCAGCUCGCAAUCUUAAUAUGCAAAAUAUGGAACCUACUUGUGCAAAAAUGUCUAGAGUUUCUGGAAUGCCAUCUUUAAACCAUAGUAUAGCAGCUUAUUGGUCCAUCGAUAAACAGUCACAUUUAAGUCCUAAACUGAGAUCAGUGCUCCAUUUUGAGAAUAUGUAUUCACUUGAUUCUGACAUGGUCACAAACAUGGUAUCUAUGUUAGCAUCAUGCCCAAGAGAGGCUCAUUUGCCAGGCUUCCCAUCUAACUCAAGCAGUGUUUUAGCAGAUUUACCAAGUAUGCUACAUCUUCAGCACAUUUGUCCAAAGCAUUCUAGAUGUUCCGGAAUACCUACCAGAUAUCCCUCGGAUCUAGAUGAAGAUAUUUGGAAUGAGGAUAAAGGAUUGAUUUGGGAAAGACCAGCAGGGAACAGAAAAAGUAAGAAAGUAGUCUAUGGUGAAAGGAUAUCUCAGAGUGAAAAACACAUGGUUAAAAUAAUGGUGUCAAUGUUACCGCCCUGUGCCAAGACAUCUUCUAUCCCUGGAUUUCCUUCCAAGUUUCCUCAAAGUAAACACACAUCUGUGAACAAUGCGCCUACUUUUCCAAAGCGCUCAGAGAUUCCAGGUCUACCUGCCAUAAACCACACAGCUAACCAAGAUGACUGGCGAGUACACAGAAAUAUAAUUUGGCAGAAAGGGUUAGGUAUGUGUCAGGGACUUCAGCUCAGUUGGACCAUGAAGGAGUUGCCAUCGAGUGACAGGGAAAGGAUGCUACGUAUUUUGCCACUAUGUGCUCGACGUGCCCUCAGCCCAGGCUUUCCGUCUGCGGAACUAUUGUUUGUUGAACGAUCCAUAUCCCCGAACCAAGAUGGAGACGCGGUUACUGGGCAAAGGAUGAGCGACGGGGCAUCUUUCUGUUCUAAAAGGUCCGUUGUCACUGACCUUACGCCAGCACAUUCAGAACAUUCAGGAGACAAAUACUUGAAUGGAACCAAAGAGGACAUGUUGCUUCAACCUGAUGCAAUCCAAUAUUCAUUUAAUGAAAAAGAAGUGGAGUUCCAAAGUGGCUCGGCGUCUGGUAGUCAUAAAAUGGAAAAGGGAUUUUGGACGCAAAAUGAGACUGAAGACGAAGGAACUCGAGUUGAAUUGAGUGAGGCAAACAGACACUUACACUGCAGAAUGUGGCACUCGGCUCCUGAUUUGGCCUUAGUCUUGAGUGUGAGAGAGAGAAAUCAAAACAUGGUUUCACUGCUCCCGUCGUGUCCCCCUGCUGCCGUUGCACUGGGGUUCCCAGCCAUCAACAUCCACCCCGAAACAGGGCCUACCGACCGGAGCAUACUAUGGGAGCAGCUCCCCAAGACCGCUGCGCAGCUAUAUACUGGAGAACACGAAGAGGAGAGCAUGGGGAUGAGAGAUAUGGUUGAUAUGGGGCCUUCAUGUCCCAUGGCUGCAAAACUCCACGGAUUCCCUUCGAAAAGAGCAGAAUUGGAUGAAGGAAAGACAGAAGGACCAAGCACUCCAUAUCAUUUUGAUCAAAACACAGUGGCUGAUACUCACGGAUUACCUUCACUUGAAAACAAGACAGACAGUAGUACGGUGGCUGAAUUAAAUGAAGACAUGGGUGACAUCCAGCAGUCCUGCGACGAAAGGACCGAUCCCCCAAAUGUUUGCAAGGACAUUGUCCUGCCACCUUGCCCUUGUGUAAUCAGUGACAGAUUGAACAUGGUUGAUAUCUUGCCCACUUUCCCAAAUAUAUCUAGUAUACCUGGUUUAUCAUCCAUCUCUCAGUGUGAUGAUGCCUCGUGGGCUUUUAUUCCAGACACACUAUUUGAGAAGAAAAAUAUACAUUUAAGCAAUGUUCUGACGGACAUUUCCCAAGAAGAAAGAGAUCAAAUGAAAAUGAUGCAUUUGGUACCAACAUGCCCGAGGCAAUCUAAGAUAGCUGGAUUUCCGUCAGUACCUAACCCACAUUUAACAGUUAUUUAUAGAGAAGAUAUGGUUAGCCUGUUACCUUCUUGCCCAAAAGUCUCCUGUAUCCAAGGUGUUCCAUCAUCACAAGAGUCAUCGAACAAAACAUGGCUAACAGAUAGCCCACCUCUCUUUGAAAAACAGAAAGAAACCACUGCAAUGGUCAUCAAAGAUACAUUAAACACAGACACAAUGAAACCAAUGUUAGCUCUGAGUCCAACCUGUCCCAAAGAAGCUUCAAUCCCUGGCUUUCCCUCCAAGCCAUUAGUGAUCCAUCAUCCACCUAAUGUAUUCAACCUUUUUCCAUCAUGCCCUGUAGUCUCUAAUAUUACUGGGUUUCCAUCAAUCCAGACAGCUGAAUGCAAAAACUGGCCAUCAAAUUGUCAGCCGUUGUUUGAGAAGCAAUUCAGGGAGACAGCUUUAUUUGUACCGCACAAAUAUGAAAUGACGAAAGAACUGACUGGAAUGUUGUCCCUUGUACCAAGUUGUCCUAAGGAGUCACACACUCCUGGGUUCCCCUCUGUGCUGCUACCCAAAAAGCUUGACUUUGGAAAGGUGCCAAAUAUGGUGUGUCUCUCCACUUAUUGUCCAAGGGUCUCACAAAUACCAGGAUUCCUCUCCUCUCAAUAUACACAAUGUCAAGAGUGGGUGAUAAGCAACGAGCCAUUGUGGAGCAGAUCACCCCGGGAUAAGGAUCUCUUGUUAACAGACCGCAAUGAAAAGGAUUGGGACACCUUGAAGGCAAUGGUUUUCCUGGUACCUUCCUGUCCAAAGGAGGCACAGAAUCCAGGAUUUCCAUCAGUUCCAAAUCCACACAUAGAUAAUUAUGGUCUGCAUAACAUCAACCAGCUCCCGUCAUACCCAAAUGCUUCCAGUAUUCAAGGAAUGCCUUCGAUUAAGAGGGGGGCCGAUGCCACUUGGGUGCAAGAGCCAAGGGAGAUAUUACUGAAGGGAUCAAUGUUGAAGGAGAAUGUAAUGUUAAAUGGAUCCCAAGUUAACUCAGAAGACAAGAAUAAUAUGUUGUUUAUUGUGCCCUCCUGCCCUGAUGCUGCCAUUCUGCCUGGGUUCCCAUCGAUUCCAAAUCCCAACAUAUUACAUCAUGAGCCGAAUAUAGUAAAUCUCCUCCCACUGUGCCCUCAGUAUUCCAAUAUAUGUGGAUUCCCAUCAGUUGAAGGAGUCAUCGGAUUAGAAUGGGUUGCUGAACCUUGUUCUUUAAUAAAGCGACCGCUGAAAAUUAAACAGUUUAUGAUUGUAAAAUCUACCAUUGGCGCAGGCGAAUCAAACAAUAUGUCGGCCUUGGUUCCCUCUUGCUCAAGAGCACCAAUGCUACCAGGCUUCCCAUCAGCCCCUCAGUGCAGUAUGUCAAAACUACGACCGGUUUGUCCUAAAGAGUGCAUUUUCCCUGGUGGUGCAACGCUUCACGGAACAACAGAACUACAAUGGAUUUCUGCUGAAGACAAGUCGAUCGAGCCAAAGAGUUUGUCAGGCAACCUUCAGAGAGCCAGCAUUUUCACAGCAGAAGGUCCCAUCAAAGACAGAGAAACUCUGAAAGCAAUGCUAGCCCUGGCUCCAAUAUGUCCUCAGGCGUCAACAAUUCCUGGGUUCCCUUCUGCGCCUAGAUCCAAGAAGGAGCCCCAUGAUAGCAGCCUCAUGCCUCACUGCCCUAAAGCUUCAGCUAUCGCAGGAUUCCCAUCUGUGACUCCAGUCAAAUGCACAGGUUGGUUAAUGGACCCCAUACUCCUAUGGAUGAGGUCUGACAGCAAACCAUUGGACAUGAUCAUGCCCCCCCCAUAUAGUUCCAACGUCACAUCAAGUAUGAUGACAUUGCUGACAUCCUGCCCUAAGGCCACUCGGGUGCCUGGUUUACCGUCUGCUCCUGUUGUAAACAGAGCCCCGGACAUGGUCAGUUUGUACGCAUCCGCACCAUGCUGUUCAACAAUUCCAGGUUUUCCAUCAGCAAGAAUGAUAACCUCCUCAGCUAUUGACAAAAAGGAGGACCGGACACAUGACACAAAGACCCUCACCAAGAAUCUGCCAAAGAAGAAGAUGUCUAUUGCGGAGUGGACCGCAGUAGACAAAGGGAAUAUGAAACAUCUGGCAUUAAUGGCUCCAUCGUGUCCAUCUGUGGCUCAGACUCCUGGGUUCCCCUCCAUUCUGCCCCAGACCCCGACAAUGAGUCAGGCAGUUGUCGGUUCUAUGCCGAUAACCGAUUACUCUAAACCACAAGAACCGCAACAUGCAGACCCUGGUCAGUCUUCUCCUAUAGAAGCAAGCAGCAUUGGCUUCACCUCUCCACCUAUGAAAGUCCCAGCUGUGGAACAGGGAAAUGAAGUAAAAUCUAAAGAAAGUUCAAAACAAGCCUUCGUGGUCGCUGGAAACCCGCUAAUAAAGAAGCCUAAAGCAGAGGAGGUGGACACUGCCAAGGUGCAUUUGGAUCCACCGGAACCGGAUUUAGUCUUAGGUUGGGAAGUAUUGGAAGCAGAAGGCACAGUGACAGCUCAGGAAAUUGAGUCAUCCUUGUUAGUAAAAGGGAAAGAAAAUUCAGGACUAGUCAAUACAAUUGUGGGGGUUUUCAACAGAGGUUAUGAGACCGUAGCGUCCAUUUUGGGGCCAUCUGGUUCUGGUGCAGCUGAAGCUGUCCGAACAAAGAGUGUCUCGUCCUCACUGGCUCCCGAGUCCAACGACUGGACCAUCCCGUUCGGCGGGUUUCCUCCCCUUUCCCAAGACAACAUUGCUUUAAUAGAGACAGCCAAUCACGAGGGCCUGAGUGAAAGUGAAAGUGAAAGCAAACCAGGCAUAGAACCCCCGAUGAGUGUGGAGCCCUACAUGUGGGAUCUCGCAAGGGAGGAUCGGUCAGCAUCGGUGUCCUCAGAGGGCAGCGACGGGUCACCAGAAGUGGUUGGCUCGACCGCCAUGAAGAAAUGGCCACCAUUGACCGAGGCAGAUAUCGAUGAAAUAUCACAGGCACAGCUUGAGGGAGCAGAGAAAGAGCAGGUCUCCUUUGAUCCAUGGGGCAGCAAGGAUCGAUUGGUCCCAAAGCAGAGGUUGGAUCAAUCCUUGGUUGAAGGUGGGACUACGUGCCAGGCUGAGAUAGGACAAAAAGGGGCUGAAAAUGCACUCCUGGAGAAAGGGCAAAGCACAGGGGAAGCAUCUGCCCCCGCCAUGGACUCAACAGCAAUAGAGGCUGUGGUUACUAAUAACGAUGAAGAACAUAGCGAGAUGACUUCCAUUCUAGUUCCACCCCAGUCAAAGGUUCUCCCCCAGCAAGAGGCGCGAGAGAGCAAGCCCGAUCCCCUGGUCCCCAAACGCAACGCAUUCCACCUUGAAAACGCACUGAACGACGUGGCCGAUGUUGACCCUCCGACAGAGAUUGUUCCGACACAGCCAUCUGCUGAAAUAGUCCCUCCCCGCAGAACCAAGAGAAAGACCGGGAUACCUUCAUCACAUGUCCAGAAGAAAGCUGAUACACGAGAAACUGAAACUCAAGAAUCUACACAGGUGGUUUCCUCACAGCCGACAGAGGUGAGCAGCUGUAGUAGUGGAAGCGCUGGUAGCAGUAUCGCUGCAGAGGGAGUGGAGUUACCAAAAGACAAACGGGAAUCCGUGCAAGUACAAGGAGGCCUUGUCCCUCCGCGUCGCCUCAGAAAAAGAGAUGAAACUACACCGAUCGAAACGCUGCAGAAAAUGAAAGAUUUUUCCCGGACACUCCCUGAAAUCCCACAGAAGCUAUCCAGGAAGAAGGGCAAGUUGAGUAAAAAUUGUCCUGUUCUGAUAACCGAAGUGCAGCCGUCCUUUGAUGUCCAAGCUAGAUGUGAUCCAGUAACAUCUGUAACGCCAUCUAUACCACUGCCCUCUGUGGGAGCCAAAAAUGCUUCAAGCAAUGCCGAAAGCGAUGAUGGAUCCGGCGAAUUAGUUGACAUGCUUUAUAUAAGGGUGCAAGUGACCGAAGAGGAUUAUCCAACUGAUCAGUAUGGAGAAACUGAUGUUUCUGAUAACGUUAAACAUCCAGAAUGGGUUUCCCCGGAACAGAAACCCCCCAGCCAGUCUCUAAAUGGAUCAAGCCAGUCUGACCAGCAAGCAGAAAGUGAAUCAUCUGCUGAUUUUGGUGUCAGGCCGACAGAGUGUCUCUCAAUCAUCAGAAAGAUAGCCCCUCCUAGAUCAAUAAAGAAGAAAGUGCCUUCGUCCAACUCUAUCAGCAAAACAGUCAAUGAGGGGGAAAAAUGUGACAAGGAGGAAACCUUGAUGCAGGCCCAGGAAGUGCCUCCAAUUCCCGAUGCUCAGAAAUCCGAACAAGUGUCUACCGUCCCUCUAACACCGGAGGCCAACAAGAAGGAUACACCAGUGUCCGUCCCUAUCCCUAUGCCCAGGGCGAAGAAACGUCUCAGUGGAUCCUUCCCUGAUGCCGCACCCGUCGAGGGAACGUCUCCUGGUUCUUCAGUUCGGCUCAGUAGAAGCUCUUCCAGAGACGACGCGGCCAAGCCCGGCAGGCAGAGAGGACGAAGGUCAGUCACGCCUCUGUGUUUGGGAAGACUGGAAACAACUCAAAUCAAGAAACGGAGCCGUAGCCUUCCUCCCCUUCCUCCUAUCGAUCAUCUGACGGUGCCCACUGUGUGCCCAAGGAGAAGUCGCCUGAAGGCUGAGAGCAAAGAUAAACUGGUUGGUGGGGAUGACGCCUCUGAGACCAGACCGUCAGGCUUGCCUGUGGCAAAACCCAGGAUCAGGAAACGUUUAAGCGGAUCCUUCCCGGAAAACUUCACACCAGCAGCGGGUUCGUCAUGUCCCUCUUCGACGGAAAAUUCUAACAAAAUGGUGGGCGAUGAAACGGUGCUGCACGGUGCUGAACAGGCGGGCGUCUCCCCUCCGAUUCCUAUGCCACGUCCCAAAAAACGACUCAGCGCAACUUUUCCAGACAGUACACCUCCUCCGGAAUCUGUGCUCUCCACGGACACGGAAAGCUGGGGUAUAAAGCCGGAGGUUACAUCUUCCCAUCACCGGGAUGCGACAGAAUUCUCACCGUCGUUGGAAUCAGGCUCUCGGUCUGAAGGAGGCUUCGUCACAAUCCUUGGGUCAGAGUACGCAACUCUGAAAUCGGAUCAAGAGGCCAACAAGGUACAAGUUUCCUCCGAGGUGGAACUUCCUCAACCGGAAUCUGUUGGAAAUGCGGUCCUGAGAGCGAAUGCUAAGGAGCAGGGCAUCGAGGACUGGACUUUUACUGAUAAAUCUGCGGGGACACAAGAUGCUGAAAGCGCUACGGAGGCUGUGGCUGAUCAGACUGAAGGUGGAAUUGGGUUGGAGGCUGAACCUGAGAAGGGCUUGGCUUCGACUGCCACAGCUCCUGUAGAUGACUGGCAGCAUUUAGAGAAAAUGAACGAAAGUGAGCCGACAGACUUCACCGCGGGUCAGGAGGUGGGAGCUGAAGAGGGGGGCUUUUGCCUUCUGUCAGUAGCUGCCGGUGAUGUAGAGGAAGAAGGCCGGGGUGAGACGACAGAAACACCCUCAGACCUACCGGUUCCGGUUCCUCGUGGCAAGAAGCGUUUAAGCGGUUCUUACCGGGACAGUGAGCUAAAGACACCCCAGAAAGGAUCUGCAGAGGCCCCCGAUGCUGAAAGCCUGGUGGCCAGCCCGGAGCUUGUGACAUCCAGUAAGUCGUUGCUACAUUGGAGCCAGGAAGUGACAAAAGGCCACAAGGGGGUCAAAAUAACAAAUUUCAGCACAUCCUGGAGGAAUGGUCUGGCCUUCUGCGCCAUACUACACCACUACCAUCCCGACAAGAUCGAAUUCGAGAUGCUGGACCCGUAUGAAAUCCAGAGUAACAAUAAAAAGGCUUUCGACGGCUUCGCCGAGUGCGGUAUCUCGCGGCUCAUGGGGCCCUCGGACAUGUUCAUGCUGGCCGUGCCUGACCGGCUCAUCGUCAUGACGUACCUGAACCAGAUCCGCACGCACUUCACGGGCCAGGAGCUCAGCGUGCUGCACAUCGAGAAGGACGGCGGCGAGUCCAGCUACGGCGUGGCGGCCGACCGCGAGAGCCGGGAGAGUGCCGACCCGCAGGCCGCCGCCCGCUACUACGCCCAGAAGCUCCAGGAGGAGGGCCUCACCCUAGAGACCAACGGCAAGACGUCCACGGCGACGGCGACGCCCGACAACGUGGACGGCAGCAAGGCCGGCCGGGAGCUGGUGCCGCCGCCCCGGACCAAACGAGGGACUAACUUCCUGUCCAAGACGGGGUUCUCGCGCGUGAAAGAUGCGGACCUGGUCAAGAAGCGCCGGUCGCUACGGAAGAGCGGCGGUUCGGGGGAGGAGCUGGAGAUUCCCGGGGUGGUAGGAGGGCAGGAGGAGGGGGAAACUGCGCAGAGGAAAUUGGAAACGGAAGGAAGAGAGGCCGCUGAGGAGGGGAAGGCCGAGGAGAGCCAGGAUCCCAGCCAGUAUGUGCAGAGUGAGAUGGCGGCCCUGGAGUCGGAGCAGAAGCACGUUGACACCAGGGCCGCUGUGGUGGAGCGGGACCUCAGGGGCCUCAUGGAGACAGGUAGUGACAAGGUGGAGGAGGAGAGGCUGAUCCAGGAAUGGUUCACGCUGGUCAACAAGAAGAACGCCCUGAUCAGACGGCAAGACCACCUGCAGCUUCUUGUGGAAGAGCAGGACUUGGAGCUGAGGUUCGAGCUUUUGAAGAAGGAGCUGACCGACAUGAUGUCAAUCGAUGAGGGGCAGAAGAGCCAGGCCCACAAGCACCGCGAGCAGCUGCUGCUGCAGGAGCUGGUCUCCCUGGUCAACCUGAGGGACCAGCUGGUCCACAACAUGGACGAGAAGGAGAGGGGGGCCAUGGAGGAAGACGCUCGUCUCGAGCGGGGGCUGGAGCAGAGGAGGAGGAAGUACGCCAAGCAGCAGAAGGAGAAAUGUGCGGUGCAGUAGGACUAGGAGAGGACCCUCUGAUCAUCACCAUGUGACCCGUCGCCUGCCUCACACCUGCCCCACCGGCGGCUCUCCGGACACAUGCUCUCUCUCUCUCUCUCUCUUUGUGAACGCAUACACAUUGGGCGGUCGUUUUGGGCAGCUACGGUGCCGUCAAGGCCGGUCCACGUACUUUUUAACAAGGCACUGUGAGGCGGCUGGGAGUCGCCCAGAGUGGAACAUUUUGACCUGCUUUCUUGCAGUUUGCAUGUGUGUUACAAUAGUUGAUUUUUGUUUAUCAAAGUGUGUGUGUGUGUGUGUGUGUGUGUGUGUGUGUGUGUGUGUGUGUCUUCUAAUGCGUGGUUGCGUUUGUUCUGUACUUUAUUAUAUCCCAACAUCCCCACAGAGGUCCCACCAAUUCACAGCUUCAUUAUUUACAGAUAAAUGCUGAGCUGUUUGAUAUGUUACAGUGCGGGAAAAAUCCGGAAAAAACUUUCAUCAAUGCAACACCGGCUGCACGCACUUUAGUUCGCUGUCUUGUUCAUAGGCUUGAGGUGUACCGGCUAUUACGCAGGUCAGACAAGCCAAAGGAUGACUGUCAUUGCAUAAUGAUUAAAGGUCUCCACGGGAGCGCGGCCCUCACAGCCUUUGCUUUGGUGAUGUCUGUGCAGCUUUCCCUCCCGUUGCCUCCCACCUCACCCACACCGUCUGUCCAAAUGUUGCGUUUCAAUUGACAAUCUAAAAACCACAUCUACGCAGAUUAUGGAAUUCAUUCAAAAGUAUGUUGGAUACGUUUAAUAUUUGAAGCAUGGAUCGAAAAAUGUUACCGAUGUUACUCUUCAAAGAAAACAAAAUGAAUCCCGUUGAAUCCUUGUGAUUUUUUUACUCAGAAGUCAGCGAAACAACAUGAACAUUUUUAACUAAAGCUAAGCUAACGAAGGGUAUGGGCCCACAUUAUUUAUAUUACAUGAAAAUCACAACCCAGGAUUACUGGACAAGCGAUGACACUGCUAUGAAAGUUGGUAGUUUCCAGAUACCAGAUACAUUUUUAAGAAACAAAAUGUUACUCUAUGAAUAGGCCCAAUUUUGCUGCAACAGAAAAUACAAUUAUUUUUUUAUAUUUUAAAGUGUCAUGCAGUAUAUCUCAGUGCUGUUCUGUAUUUUUGGGGGUUACAUCUGCCAAAAUGUAGGUAUCACAAUUUUGCAUUUUGACAAGAUUGCUCUAAAUGCCCUUCGAUGCACAAGAAUCAAAAGAAACCUUCUGUUAAACCCUUUCUGUCCACUGAAAGAUGGACGCCGUCAGUGCCCGACUUAUUUAUUACUGUGUUGGAGUGCGUUGGAAUGGGUUUGCAGUUUGUUGACUUUAUUUGCUCUUAAUGAAGACUUCAACAUGUCUGUUUUAAUGUUAUUAAAUUGCAUGUUGUGGCAACCCGGCCGUUUCCAAUUAAGGAGAUGAAGAGCACCUGAGGAACCGGUGGAGAAGCAGCUUAAAUAGCCUGCUUCUCCACUCAUUCGGGGCUCCCUCAGCCAUGUGGCUCGUGCCGGGAGGGAGCCGAGUGAGAGACAGUCGCGGGAGAAGCCGGGAGCGGUAGCCACGCCGACCUCACCGACGGACCAGACCCGGAGACCCGGAGACCCCUCACCCUUUUUGCCCCAGUGUGGAAGAAACUUGAGUUACUGUAUGAUUUCCCCUUUCUUUUGUGAGCUGCAGUAAUAAAACCGUUGCACCGCAA